AUGAUGGAUAUCCUGACCUUCUUCCCGUCGUAUCUUUUAUCCUCUAGAUCCCUCCCAACAGCUCAAGUCCCCUGUCUAGCAGAAUUACAAAAACAAGCCCAACUACUAGCCUCGUCUAUUCCACCUCUUCCAACUUACUCCUCUUUCUCCUUUUCAUCCCAAUCUCCACCAAUGACAAAAACGAAAAAAGAAAUAGAUCUACCUCAACAGAGUAAAUCGAGAGGACUACCUAUCCCUUUCCUAAAGCAAGAUAAAUCAUGGUAUACUCACAAUCAUACCCAGGCAUCAUAUGAUCAUCCUCUACCAAGGUAUACCGAAAGACCCGACGGCGAGAAAGAAUAUAUAGAUGAGAUUGAUAUUGGACAUGGGUACGAUCAUAUCCACCGUCUAGGGAAGAGUGCUUCUUUACCUAACAGUAGUAAUAAAUUGUGGAAAACUUGGAAUGGAGGAUUUCGACCUAUACAUAUACAGAGUACGCUACCUAGCGAAAGUGGGAAUGCUUUGCGGCCAAUGAGAGAGUAUGGGAUGAACGGUAGUAAGAGUUACGCAGAGAGUGUUUGUAGCUUGACUCAACCUUCGAUAUACAAUUUGCGCGAGAACGGAACCCAGAAUGACACUGAUAAGUCAAUGACAUGGAUCGAGUGGAUAACGUGUAGAACGUGCUUGUAA